UUUGUGUCUGGCAACACACUAUCUAUUAUCAAAUGUCAACGAAAAUGAACUCAUUUAUCUGUCAUGAAAAAAUUUACUUCGCUUUUAAAAUUAUAAGUCUUAUAAUUUUUCAUCUCCUGUCAUCGAUUGGUUGAAUGUUGGUGCGAAAAUGAACAUCGACGAUAUCGUCUACCUAGUGUGCCUGCUGUCUUGCAUUGGAUUUGGUUAUUUUACACGAAGGAUUCAAGAUGAUUCGCAGAGAAAAUUACUUGGCACAGCAUUUGGAGUGUUGAUUGUUGUUAUCGUUUCUGGAACUCAUGUUCUGCAUUGUUUGAUAUCAUUUAGCUUAUGUGCCCUAGCUGUCCAGUAUGCACACCCAAGCAAAUGCCACAUAAUAAGCUUUGCAAUUAUGUUUGGUUACUUGGUAUUCUUCCGAACGACAACGUACUUUGGACUUCCAGCACCUCCUGGUCAUACGAAUAUGAUUCAAAUGAUUUUAACCUUAAAGGCAGCUGGAAUUGCUUUUGAAAAAACUGCAGCGUAUAAAAAAGUCGAACAGAGGAAAGCAGAAGUCGCCGAAAGGAGUCAACCAUCGACUAGCGAAAAGAAAGAUCUGGGACCUAUGGUGGAAUUGACCGAUUAUGAUGUGGAAAUGCAGAACUUAACCGUGGUUGAGAUGUUCCACUAUUGCUUUAAUUAUAUUGGAGUUUUAACAGGUCCCUACUACCGUUACCGAACCUACCGCGACUACUUUGAUAUGCCAUUCAAAAACUAUGCUGAUUGUAAUGGUGCCUCAUUGGAAAAGCUAAGAAAUACAGCAAUGUAUUGUGUUAUUUAUUUAAUUGCCAACUCAAUUUGGCCUCUGGAAUAUUCUCUAACUGAUGAAUUCGCUCAAGAGCGUAGCUUCCUCUAUCGAAUCUUUUAUGUUUGGCCAAAUUUCCUAAUUUUCCGCAUGAGAAUCUACAUUGGAAUAACUCUUAGUGAAUGUGUAUGCACGGCAGCCGGAUUUGGAGCAUAUCCAAUUGAAGCCGAAGCUAUUGAAGGUGAAGGCCCCAAAAAACAAUACACCCACCUUAAACGAGAUGCAGAAAAGAAAGAAUAUAGUUUUAUCACUAUUAAAAAUUUACGAGCUUACGAGACUGAGACUUGUUUGACAAUAAGGGAAGCAAUGAAGAAUUGGAAUGUGUGUGUUCAGUAUUGGUUAGCAGUAAAUAUCUAUAAGCAAUUCCCAAGCAAGAAAUACAGGACGGUUGUUACUCUUCUUACUUCAUCAUUCUGGCAUGGAUUCAUGCCUGGUCAUUACUUGUGCAUUAUGGGAGCUCUAUUUUAUUGUCCCGUCGAAGAUAUGUUUACUGCACUCUUCCGCAAAGAUGCAACUGGCACCAAACUAAAAAUUGUCAAUGCUCUAUUUUGCAUUCAUAAAUACUAUGGCUUGGGCUAUCUAGGAACAGCAUUCCAACUUUUGACAAUACAAAACAUCUGGAGAUAUUAUUCGUCAAUUUAUCACUUUGGUUAUGUAUAUUGGGCAGUUAUGAUGGUAAUUGCAGUUGUAUUAACCAAGAAAAAGCGUGCCGACGAGAAGAGAAAGAAAAGAGAAUUGGAGAAACGAGGCACUGAAGGUGCUGUUGCAGGCGAAUUGAGUAGACUUAAAGAAAAAGCUCAGUAAUAUUACAUUAUAUGCAUUGCAUGUAUGCAAAAUUAUAUAUAUACAUAAAUAGAGCUGCAUCACAUAUUUUUUAAAAGAUUUUUGGCAAAAGUUUUUAAAUUGAGAAAAAAAAAUUAUUUAAAAACCUGCCUGUAACAACAUAGACUUGUUUUUAUUUAAGAAAAAACGUCAAUGAACAACUACUACCUGCUCUACAUUUAUUUACUCUCUAUUAAUAUUGGAGUUAAGCGAAGUGAAACUUCCAUUUUAAUAACCAUAGCCUUAAGGUCUAACAUGUAUCCAAUACUAUUUUUGCAAGGAAAAGGUUUAUACACGCCUACCUAAUUUUAUUUGAGUACUAAGAACAUUUUCUUUUAUUGUUUAAUAUCGAUUUUUAUGUUAUCAGUUUAACUGUUUCUUUUAUUCAUUUAUGUCUCUCAAUGUAUAAUUGUUCUUUUUUUUUUCUUAUAACAAAAUAAAAUUAUUUUUAAAAUCAA